UAGUGGAUUUGAAAGCACUUAAACGGAAUCAGAAUAUGUUUCAGGCAGUUCAAUGAAAAUUUUCCUCUCUCCUCUCUCUAUAAGUUCGAACACAGUUUUCUACCCCCGCUGAGCUUCCAAGCUCCGGCACUUGCAGAGGAAACUCUCUCUCUCUAAAAAUAUAUUUGUUAUUGCACUCUCUUUCUAAAAAUAUAUUUGUUAUUGCACUCUACCCUCUCUUUAAAAAUCUCUUUGUUGUUGCUCUCUCUCGAGAAAUAUUCGCGGUCCUCUUUCAUGCUCAACAACAUUUCACUCGGGGUUAGUCUGAUCCCUCAGGGAUAUUGUUUCCGAGAUGUGUUUCAGUUCAUCUUCUUUACUAUAAACCUCAGCGAGAAAUUAUCGAGCAUUCGUCUUUAUCUUUCUCUCUCUAGGAAAUUUACAGUUAAUGCAAUCAACUUUGAUGCUCAAUACUUCACCCAGAGCCCAAGUUCUUCUCCGCCAAACUCUGUGUCUCCAAAACGGGUUACGCUUCAUUUCUUCGACUCUGAGCUUUAGAGAGAGACCAAGAAGAGUUCUGAAUUCUAGAGAGAGAAAUAGAGAAAUAACCAUCCAGGACCUGCACAAAUCAUGUGAAGAAGGUCACAUGAGAGUGGCUGUUAAAAUACUAGGAAUCCUUGGAAAGCAGGGAAUAAGACCAGAUUACGGAACCUACGCAAAACUUCUAAAUAGGUGUAUCAGUAUGAAGGCUUUAUCAGAAGGAAAGGCCAUUCACCAUCACAUGCUGAGUAGUGCUAUAAAACUGGAUGUACAUUUCAGAAACCUUUUAAUCACUAUGUACAGUAAAUGUGGUUUCUUUAAUGGUGCACAAAGAGUGUUUGAGAAAAUGCCUGAAAAAAAUGUGAUUUCUUGGACCUCUGUGAUUUCUGGUUUGGCUCAGAGUGGAAAGAGAAACCAAGCGUUGGAUCAUUUUUGUUUGAUGAGGAGAGAAGGGGUUAGGCCAAAUGAGACUACUUUCGCAACUGUAAUGGGGUUGUGUUCGUUAAUGGAGAGGCUUGACUUUGGGAUGAGUUUGCAUUGUCUUUCUGUCAAAUAUGGCCUCUUUCUUGAUGUUUUCAUAGGUAGUGGGAUCAUCGUUUUGUACACUAGAUGUGGCUUCAUUCAAAAUGCUCAGAAAGUCUUUGACGAGAUGCCAGUGAGAGAUGUGGUAUCUUGGAAUGCUAUGAUUUCUGGGUAUUCACAAAAUGGGUUUCACAAAGAAGCAAUUUCUAUGCUUUCUCAGAUGUUAUUAAGCGAUACCCAAUUGAAUAAUUUUACAGUGGCUAGUGUUCUCAAGGCUUGUGGUGGUAUCGGGUUUCACAUAAUCGGUGAGUCCAUUCAUGGCUGCAUUGUGAAACUUGGGUUUGAUUGGGAUGUGUUUGUAUGUGGGUCUCUUAUCGAUAUGUAUGCAAAGUGUAGCUUUUUGGAGGAAGCUCGAGUGGUUUUUGAUACCAUGGAUUUUAGGGAUCUUGUUUCUUGGAAUACCAUGAUCACUGGAUAUGCUCAGAAUGAUCUUGGAGAAGAGGCUUUAGAGCUUUUCUCACGGUUACAAAUUGAAGGAUUUGUGCCUAACCAGUUCACAUAUGCCAGCAUUUUCAAAGCUUUGGCUGGAAUUGGUGAUGGUCAUGGCUAUGGCAGGUGCUUCCAUGCUCAAGUGAUCAAGACUGGAUGGUUAUCAUCGGAUGUAUUUGUAGGCACUGCCCUUGUGGACAUGUAUGCCAAAAGUUCUGACAUGAUAGAUGCACAUAGGGUUUUUGAAGAGAUGAGGAAAAGGAACCUUGUAUCAUGCAACACUCUCAUUACUGGUUAUAGUUUAACCGGUUCUUACAAAGAGGCCAUUGGAGUCUACUGCAAGUUGAGAAGAGAACCCAUGAGGCCCGACCCAUUUACUUUCACUGGCCUUCUCUCUUCUUGCUCUAUGUCCAAGGCCAUAGUUGAUGGGGUUCAGAUCCAUGACCAUGUUAUCAAGUUUGGUUUUGAUUCACAUGUAUCGGUAGGGAAUUCUCUAGUCGACCUCUAUUCUAAGUGUGGCCAAAUGGAAAAUGCUUCAAAGGCUUAUCGCUCAAUAGCCACUCCAAAUGCCAUUUCUUGGGCUGCGAUCAUUUCAGGUUUUAGUCAAAAUGGUCAGGAAGAAAACGCCCUAAAAUUAUUUCGGGAAAUGCAUCAACUCUCACAAGACCCUGAUGAGUUCAUCUUUACCAGUGUUCUCAAAGCAUCAGCUAGUUGUGCUGCAAUGGAACAAGGGAAGCACAUCCAUGCUUAUGUGAUCAAAUUAGGGUUAGAGUCUACUGUCUUUGUUGGAAGUGCACUGGUUGACAUGUAUUCUAAAUGUGGGAAAUUGGAAUAUUCAUGCAAGGUUUUCGAGAGAAUGCCCGAGAAGAAUGUUGUCUCUUGGAAUGCCAUAAUAAUGGGUUAUGCUCAGCAUGGACUGGGUCAACAUUCUCUUCGAAUAUUUGAAGAAAUGCAACACCUUAAUGUAAAACCCACCUCCAUAACCUUCAUUGGCAUCCUCUUUGCUUGUAGUCAUAUAGGUCUUGUCGAUAAAGGGUGGCAAUAUUUCAAUCUUAUGACCAACUACUAUGGAAUCACACCCACUAUUGAGCAUUACACAUGUAUGGUUGACCUUCUUGGACGAGCUGGGUAUUUAGAUGAAUCUGAAGCCUUUUUAGAGAAUUCCCCAUAUAAAUCAGAAGCUGCUAUUUGGAGGUCCCUUCUUGCUUCAUGUCGAAUCCAUGGGAACAUAGAGGUUGGGGUUAGAGCUGCCAAUCAUUGUAUGGCAUUAGAACCGGAUGAGUCUUCAAAUUAUGUGCUUUUAUCUAACAUUUAUGCUUCAAAAAAGAUGUGGGGUGAUGCCGCAUUCAUACGGAGCUUGAUGGCAGAGAGGGGUGUUGAGAAGGAGCCAGGGUGUAGCUGGAUUGAGGCUCAAGACAAGGUUCACGUGUUUGUUUCAGAAGAUAGAGCACACCUAUUAAAGGAGAAGAUAUUUGAGAAGUUGGAUAACUUGGUGACGCAGAUGAAAUUGGCUGGUUAUGUCCCAGAUACAAGCUUUGUGCUUCAUGAUGUGGAUGAAAAGCAAAAGGAAUAUCGGCUUCUUCAUCACAGUGAGAAGAUGGCUGUUGCUUUUGGACUGAUGUCCACUCCAUGUGGUACACCCAUAAGGAUAGUCAAGAAUCUCAGAGUAUGUGGAGAUUGUCACAAUGCUCUGAAGUAUGCAUCUUUGGUUACAGAAAGAGAAAUCAUAGUGAGAGAUACAAAUAGAUUCCAUCACUUCAAGAAUGGUGUGUGCUCUUGUGGGGAUUAUUGGUGAAUUGUAUGUUCUUUUCCUUCAUGAGAUCAGUGACGGUUCAAUCACCCGAUCAACAGAUGGCAACAAAGUUGUUUACUGGGCUUUCGUCCAGCAGCAAUGGACCUAUUGAUGGUCACAUGCAAUUAACUGACGAAAAUAAUAAUUUGGAUCAUUGGCGAUAUGUUUCUCGCCCUCUCCUUAUAUCAGAGCAAAGAGAAUACAUAUACAUAGCUGAUGAAGUGAACUUUCACCUUCUGUCAACCAGAAUAACUGAUGAAGAGGACUGAGCUUGGAUACAAGAGCACCUCACUAAGAACUGUGGAGCCACCACAUCCCUAAAGCUUCACUAUUCUUUAGCAAAGUACUAAAUGAGGGGUGGCCCCAUGCUUUUUCGUGGUGCUCUAGUUUAUAUGUAGGUGUUGGUGGGAGGGGCAAAUUAUUGAGUCUCCACAAGAAGUGCGAGGGGCGACGGUAUGCGUUUUUAAUUAUAUUGCCCCUUUUAAUUUGCAAAUAUAAGAACUAGAGAAUGCAACAAUGAGAUGCUUACUUGACCCAUUUUGUCUCUUUUCAAUUUGACCAGAAAUUUUAUAUUUCUUUGCUAUUUCUAUAUUGGCUUUCUAGCUCUCUUUUUGUUAUCUAAAUUUCUUUUUCUAUAUUAUAAUACCCAAAUUUUGGGCGCGAACAAUUUUCACUUGUUAAUGACACAUUUAUACACAUUCAAUAUUCUGAUUGCCAUUUUUAAAGCGGUUGCCGAUUUAAAUGGAAUUUACUUAGUCAGGUUCUUUUGUAGACUAAUUUUGUCUCAUUUGUUUGAUUAUAACAUUUUGGCUUUGAAUUCUGGCCAGUGGGAUGAUGCAGGAGUAUACAUUUAUGAAGGUUUGAGAAAUUUUGAUGCAGUGAAAAGCACACAAAACAUAAUGCUGUGAAAUAUAGAGGUUAAGUAUUGUUGGCUUACCGACUGUAAAAGGUAGGUACAAACUAAUUAAUUCUGUCUAAUUCAUGCUAUUUGUUUAAUUAUUGGCUGCAAAACAAUAAUUAUAUAAAUUGACUAAUCUAUUCAUUUCAGGAGUCAAAAACUACAAGUUCAAUGGCCUUUUUUUUUUUUUUGACAUGACGAUUAUUGUCUUUGUCAUGGGGAAGUGAAUUCUGGUGUUCGUACAAGUUGUCUUUAGAAUGUUAAACUCUCAUUCUAUUUUAUUACAUUAUUGUUUGAGUAUUAUAUUUUGGUUUCCAUCAGAGCAUAAUAUAUUGUAGUCUUCAUGUUUCAGAUGAAA